AUGGGAAAAGUUUCUAAGUAUGUGGGAGUGAUGGGUGUAGUGAUGGUAUUGGUGGUCGUGGGAAUGGCAGAAGCCAGAAAGCUGGAGAAGGAUUCGUUUUCUGGUGGAGGGCUUGGUGGUGGAGGAGGAUUUGGCGGCGGAGGUGUUGCCGGGGGAGGGUUUGGAGGUGGAAAAGGUGGUGGAGGAGGGUUUGGUGGUGGGCAGGGUGGCGGAGGAGGGUUUGGUGGUGGUUCAGGAGGAGGAUUUGGCGGUGGGGGCGGGUCUGGUGGGGGUGCUGGCGGUGGGUUCGGAGGCGGCAAGGGUGGUGGUGGAGGAUUUGGAGGCGGGGCAGGUGGCGGAGCUGGAGGAGGAUUUGGAGGUGGAGCUGGUGCUGGCGGGGGUUUUGGAGGUGGAUCAGGUGGGGGUGCUGGAGGAGGAUUCGGGGGUGGAGGCGGCUCCGGAGGAGGGAUUGGCGGUGGUCACGGAGGUGGUGCUGGUGGGGGUGGAGGCUUUGGUGGUGGUUCUGGCGGUGGAUUUUAA